UGUAACCUGAAGAAUAUAGUCUUCUCAUCCUUUUCUCAGGAAGAGCUGUGACAAGCCCCUCAUCAUCUUACCCAAACCUCAAAGAUCAUCAUCUCUUCUCAGAAAGCUUCUUCAAAGUCAUGACGAUGAGAGAAGCCAUAAUAAAGGAUCUUCUCUCUUUCCCAACACUAGCAGCAAUUUCAGUCAUACUUUUGUCGCUAUUUCUAUGGAUCAGAUCUCAGAAGAACUCACCAAAUCACACAAGCAAAGGAAAGCUAGCACCAGAACCAGCAGGAGCCUUACCCCUUUUAGGGCAUCUUCAUCUUCUCGGAGCUCAGGCCCCUCUCGCCCACACCUUAGCUUCUUUCGCCGACAAGUACGGUCCCAUCUUCACCAUCCGCCUCGGAGCCUUCCCUGCCCUCGUUGUUAGCAGCCAAGACGCCAUUAAAGAAUGCUUCACAACCAAUGACAAAAUCCUAGCUUGUCGCCCCAAAUCCAGCCAAGGCAUCUACCUCAAUUACAACUACGCCUCGUUCGGGUCGGCCCCGGACGGCCCGUAUUGGCGCAAAUUGAGGAAGCUCGUCAUGCUCGAGCUACUGUCAGCUCGGAGAGUCGAAUCGUUGAAGUAUGUGUACGAAUCUGAGAUCGAUGUUUUCAUCGGCGAUCUGUACUCGUACGGCGACGGAGAUAAUAAUAACAAACGCAAGGUUGUGAUUAGCGAGUGGUUGGAGCGAUUGACGCUGAACAUAAUCACAAGGAUGAUUGCAGGGAAGAGGUAUUUUGGGAAUUCGCAGGAUGUGGAUGAUGAAGAGGCUCGCAGGGUUGUGAAGCUGAUAAAGGAUUUUAUGCAUAUUUCUGGGGAAUUUGUUCCUUCGGAUUUGAUUCCGUUUCUGAGAUGGUUUCCAGGUGAAGGAAAAGUUCUCAGAUCUAUGAAGAAGAUGGCGAGUGAUUUGGAUUCUCUGGCAUCAAGUUGGGUUGAAGAGCAUCGUGUGAAGAAGAAAGAGUCGAAUAGUGAGAAACAGGAUUUCAUUGACUUCAUGCUUUCUGUGAUCGAAGAAGACGACUCCACCUUGGGCCAUACACGUGACGCUAUCAUCAAGGCAAAUAUCUUGAGUCUGAUCUUAGCUGGGGCAGACACAACCUCCAUCAACCUGACAUGGAUGCUAGCCUUAUUAUUAAACAACAAGCACGUCUUAAAGCGUGCCCAGGAGGAGAUAGACCAUCACGUAGGCAAGCAAAGAUGGGUCCAAACUUCAGAUACCAAGAACCUAACUUACCUUGAAGCCAUCUUCAAAGAAACCCUAAGAUUGUACCCAGCAGGUCCUCUCUUAAUUCCCCAUGAAGCAACACAAGAUUGUUAUAUCUCCGGUUAUUACGUCCCAAAAGGCACCAGAGUGUUGGCCAACGUGUGGAAACUCCAUAGAGACCCAACCAUUUGGUCACAGUCUGAGAAGUUCAUGCCUGAGAGGUUCAUUACAGAGAAUAAUAACAAUGGAGAAAUUGAUCAUGGAGAAGGUUAUGCCCAUUUUCAAUACCUUCCUUUUGGAUCUGGUAGAAGGGCUUGUCCUGGUUCGAAUCUUGCGGCGCAAGUAAGUGUCUUGACUCUUGCUCGUCUACUUCAAGGGUUUGAGUUGGAGGUAUAUGAAAAAGUGGAUAUGAAAGAAGGAACUAGCAUUACUUUGCCUAAAGCUACUCCUUUACAAGUUAUUCUAACCCCACGACUUUCGCCUCGUCUUUAUCACUUAUUGUAUACUUCUUAACUAUAUUAUACCAAUUUGCAUUUAACCCUUCCAACAUAAAUUAAAGUUUCAAACAAAUGGUGAGCUUUACAUGCACAAAUGUACGUUUUGUAUCAUUGUAUGUACUAUAUGUAUGCCUAGCUGGCAAUGUUCAGUUCUCUUAUUUCUUUCCUCCAUUCUCUCUUUUUCAUUUGGUUCGGUUUGGGUAAAGCUUUGAUAGACUCCAAACUUGUAAUAUACUCCUUGGGUCCUUAAUAUUAGUUAAUUUUGAUUCUAAA